UUGAUGUUUCCAAUGUUUUGAAAUAUCAAAUUUAAUGCCAAAAAAUGAAAAUAACCAUCAAAAACAUUCAAGACAUCGAUUUGAAAGCAGUUAACCGGUAUACUAUUGUCCAACAUCCUUUAAUCCCCAACUUAGCUGCACAUAAACUGAUAAACCCCAGCAAAACUCAAAACGCAGAGCCAUGGAGACCCACACAGGCGGCGAAGGCACAAUAGCAACCAUCAAAACCAUUCGGUCCCAACUCGAGACCCGGAUCCAAACCCAACAUGCAACUCACCUAGACCUACUUGCCUCCCUCCAAAGACUGGACCCUGAUAUCAUCCCAACCCUGGAUCUCUCCCUCCGGUUUGUCUCGGCCUUCAACCACCGCCCUUUCUCUCCCACUCCUCCGCUUCCCACACCCAAAAAGAUCUCCCACCUACCCCAACAUCCGUCAACUCACCCUGUACCUGACCCAAAACAACUUGCCCUCGUUAAACCUGAACAAGGUGACAAACCCGUUGACGAGAGCGGCAACCCUUUGUUGGUGGUGAGAGCGAUGGUGGCGGAGUGUUUACUUCAGAGAGUACCGUUCAAAGCGAUCGAUUCGUCGACGGUUUUGAGGAAGUUAGAGAACGACGAGAAUGUGACUGCGACAGAGAAGGCUGCGAUGCGUGAACUGGGAGGCGAUUCGGGGGCCAUUCUCGCGGUGGAGAUUGCUUUGAGGUCAAUGGCGGAGGAUAACGGCGGCCUCGAGAUCGAAGAGUUUGUAGUCGGCGGCAAAAGCAGAGUCAUGGUGCUUGGCAUUGACCGAACUCGGUUAGUUCGAGAAUUACCCGAAGAACCUCAAAAUCAAAUAAAAAGGGAACGGAUAAACAACGUGAACGCCAGUGAUAGCUUGAAAUUUAAUAGUAAUAGUAAUAAUGAGUGGGUGGCGCCGAGGCCCACGAGUGAAAUUUGGAUGGGAGGGGGAGACCCUGGCAUGAUGUAUCCACCGGGUGGGGCAAUGGCGGGCCCUCGGGGUCGGGGAAUGGGGAUGAUGGGAAGACCGCCGAUGGGGCCAAACAGUGGUCUUUUACCGGCGCAGAGACAGAGAACUGAGGAAGAUGAUUUGAAGGAUUUGGAGGCUUUGUUGAGUAAGAAAUCGUUUAAGGAAAUGCAGAAAUCGAAGACGGGCGAGGAGAUUUUGAACAUCAUUAACCGCCCAACGGCUAGGGAAACUGCUGUGGCUGCUAAGUUUAAAAGUAAAGGUGGUUCUCAAGUAAGGGAGUAUUGUUCAGCUUUAACUAAGGAGGACUGUCGAAGGCAGUCUGGCACUUUUCUUCCAUGUAAGAAGGUUCAUUUUAAGCGCAUAAUUGCUCCUCAUACUGACAUCAGUUUAGGGGAUUGUUCAUUUCUAGAUACGUGCCGACAUAUGAAGACAUGCAAAUAUGUCCAUUAUGAGCUUGACCAAACACUAGAUGAUCUUGGUCCUGAGAAACCUUUAAAGCCUCUGCGUGCUGAAUAUUGUUCAGAAGUGGAACUAGGUGAACCACAAUGGAUUAAUUGUGAUAUCCGGAAUUUUAGAAUGGACAUUUUGGGGCAGUUUGGUGUCAUCAUGGCAGAUCCACCGUGGGAUAUUCAUAUGGAGUUGCCUUAUGGAACAAUGGCCGAUGAUGAGAUGCGCAAUCUUAAUGUUCCUGCAUUGCAGACUGAUGGUCUGAUCUUCCUUUGGGUCACCGGACGGGCAAUGGAGCUAGGACGUGAAUGUUUGGAACUUUGGGGUUACAAGCGGUGUGAGGAGAUUAUUUGGGUGAAAACAAAUCAACUUCAGCGAAUAAUUAGAACAGGGAGAACAGGUCAUUGGUUAAACCAUAGUAAGGAACAUUGCCUUGUAGGAAUCAAGGGAAAUCCAGAAAUAAACAAGAAUAUUGAUACUGAUGUCAUUGUUGCCGAGGUUCGAGAGACUAGCCGUAAGCCAGAUGAGAUGUACCCUAUGCUGGAGAGGAUAAGUCCAAGGACAAGGAAGCUGGAAUUAUUUGCUCGCAUGCAUAAUACUCAUGCUGGAUGGAUAUCACUAGGUAAUCAGUUGAGUGGAGUUCGACUGGUUGAUGAAGGCCUACGAGCAAGGUACAAGGCUGCUUAUCCACAGGUAGAUGUCCAGCCUCCCUCUCCUCCCAAAGCUUCUGCUAUGGAAAUAGACUCUGCUUCUGCUAGAAGCCCCUUUUCAACAGAGUCGGGAGCACAGUUUGCUGAUACGGCUGCACCAGAUGCAGGCCAUGCUCCUGAAGAAAGGGCAAUGGCUGUAGAUGCUGAUAUGGCCAGCUGAAAAGCCAUUAAAUCCUGGCCUUAAAUGGCUAAUAAUGAGAUACUACAAGGUUUGUACCGUUAUUUAAUAGUGCCUGUGAGGGACUCUUAUCCCUUUAGCUAAUUUUGCCACAGAUUCAUUUGUAAUGAUUUUCUAUCUAGCAUCAAAUUGUUAGGCCCUUUUACUGUUUCUCAUCCCCUCGUAAUGAUUGAUUUCUCUCUUCACUUUGCAUC